UUUAGCCGACUCUUCUGGAGGAAAAACAAAAACAAAAACUCACACGCGCGCGCACACACACACACAUACACAUGGAGGAAGGCUGAAUACUGACUAGAGAGGGAAGGUCUUUCUUCUUUGUGAGAGAGAGAGAGAGAGAUAGAGAGAGAUCAGGCUAUCUCCUGAGUUUCUUAUUGCAUCAAAGCCUCUCUCGAUUUGGUUUUAAAAAGUUCUUGAGUGGGGAUCUAUUUUUAUAUUUUCUCUGCUACUUAAGGCUUGACUGUUGCAUUUCGCUUCAAGUCAUGCUCGCUGUUUGGAUUCCAAGAAUCUUCUCUCUUCAAAUUUGAAACCUGCAACCAAAGUUUAUGGUGCUUUGUGCGGACUUUUUGAGAAGAACUUUCUAUCCAUACGGCAGUCUCUCCAUAUUAAAGAUUUUUUAUGGUCUGUUUGUCACUGAAUGCACAGGAUUUGCGUGUCUAUUUUUCAGGGCAUAACACCAUACUUUGAAGUUGGCUAUCAACUUAGUCAACCUUCAGAAUAAGCUUACAAAAUGCAGAAGCUUUUAUUUCUGCUAUGACCAGUUAUUCUCACACUUCUGCUUCUCUGAGUCUGGUUUCUGUUUUGCCAAAGAUUUUAGCAUCUUAUCAUUAUUUCCUUCAAUGUCAUCGUCUCACCUUUUGUUGACUUGUAUCGUGGAACUAGUUUUCAUGGUAGAUCAUCCACAUGAUACUCAUCUAUUGGAAGUAGAUUGGUCUUUUCAAGUAUAAUCAAUAUGGAGAUCAGGCCUAAAUUUUUUGAUCUAAGUUUAAGUACCAGGAUGAAGAAAUGGUUCGGUGGUUGUGUGAUUGCGUCCCUGUUUAUGUUGCUCAUCUUUAGAUAUGCAGUCAUGAAAAAUCCUGUGGUACAAGGUUAUCUGCCAAAUCCCUUUGCCAAUUCUAGUAAUCCUCUUGAGUGGGUGCAGGCUACAGUUCCUCCUGAAGUUCAAAAUUCCAGUAAUCCUCUUGAGUGGGUGCAGUCUACAGUUCCUCCUGCAGUUCAAAAUCCAGGGAAUGAUUCUCAAGUGGUAUCUACCGCGACUGUGGUCUUCAGGCUCUUUGCUCAAAGGAAUGUCUCAAAUGAAGAACGACAGUCUUUGCAGACAUGGAAUCUUAUGAAAAACUUAAUUAAUCACUCUCAGGUUUUGCCUAAUGGAAUGGAGGCUAUAAAGCAAGCUGGAAGUGCUUGGAAUAGCCUUAUGGGUUCACUUGAAGAGGAAAAGCGUGGUUCUGUGAAUGACAGUUCAAAUAGGAGAGCAAAAGAGAAACAGUGUCCUCAUUUUCUUAAUAAAAUGAAUGCUUCAGAACUUGAUAGUAGUGGUUAUAGGUUGCUGUUUCCUUGUGGCCUGACUCAGGGUUCUGCCAUCACAAUCAUUGGCACUCCAAAUGGUCUUCUGGGCAACUUUCGGAUUGAUUUAACGGGUGAGUCAGUUCCAGAGGAGCCUGACCCCCCUAUUAUUUUGCAUUACAAUGUUAGGAUCCAUGGUGAUAAGAUAACCGAGGACCCAGUAAUUGUCCAAAACACAUGGACUGUAGGUCAUGAUUGGGGUGAAGAGGAGCGUUGUCCGUCCCCUGUUCCCGAAAAGAGUAAGAAAGUGGACGAGUUGGAUCAAUGUAACAAGAUGGUGGGUAGAAAUGGUACUCUGCAAUCUGGUGUUGCAAGGCGCUCUUCAAUGAUGCAGGAAGGAUUGAAAAGCAGGAGAUAUUUUCCUUUUAAGCAAGGGUAUCCAUUUGUUGCAACACUAAGAGUGGGAUCAGAGGGAAUGCAAAUGACAGUUGAUGGAAAGCAUAUAACAUCUUUUGCUUACCGUGAAACAUUGGAACCAUGGCUGGUUAGUGAAGUUAGGCUUUCUGGGGACUUGCAAUUAAUUUCUGUCCUGGCUAGUGGUUUACCAACAUCAGAGGAGUCAGAGCAUGUAAUUGACUUAGAGGCACUCAAAUCCACUCCACUCUCUCCAAAAACAUCAUUAGAGCUCUUCCUUGGGGUAUUCUCUACAGCAAAUAAUUUCAAGCGCAGAAUGGCUGUGCGAAGAACAUGGAUGCAGUAUCCUGCAGUACGUACAGGGCUUGUCGCUGUUCGCUUCUUUGUUGGUCUGCAUAAAAACCAAAUAGUGAAUGAGGAACUCUGGAACGAAGCACGGACAUAUGGGGACGUACAGCUGAUGCCUUUCGUGGACUACUACAGCCUCAUCACUUGGAAAACUUUAGGCAUUUGCAUCUUUGGGACGGAGGUUGUGUCAGCUAAAUUUGUCAUGAAGACGGACGAUGAUUCAUUUGUUCGUGUAGAUGAGGUGCUGGCCUCUUUGGAAAGGGUGAAAUUGAGUCAUGGCUUGCUUUAUGGACUCAUCAACUCUGAUUCACGGCCUCAUCGAAGCUCUGAUAGCAAGUGGUAUAUUAGUCCCGAGGAAUGGCGUGACGAGAAGUACCCACCAUGGGCACAUGGUCCUGGCUAUGUGGUAUCCCAAGACAUAGCAAAGGCAGUCUACAAGAUGCACAGGGAGGGUCGGCUUAAGAUGUUUAAACUGGAAGAUGUGGCAAUGGGAAUUUGGAUUGCGGAUAUUGCGAAGGAUGGUUUGAAAGUUCAAUACAAGAAUGAAGAACGGAUCCAUAAUUUGGGUUGCAAAGAUGGGUACGUAGUUGCCCACUACCAAGGUGCAAGAGAGAUGCUUUGUCUGUGGCAAAAACUGGAAGAGAGAAAAGGUGCCAAGUGUUGUGGUGACUGAUGAACAUAGCUUAUUGUCGAGGUCCUUUUGGUGACUAUACUUGAUGAGGGAGUCCACUGACCAAGAUUGAGUCUGAAGGAGAUCAUUAGAGCGAUUACCAUUUUAGGAAUAUGAUUUACCAUUGUAUAAUAGUAGCAGAGGACUUGCAUGAUAAAGCAUCACACUGAUAGUAAACUCAAUAGAUUUCACUAAGCUUUCGAUGACUUUACACGAUCCUGUCACAUUAGGGGGAGAGAGAGAGAGCCUUGUAUAGAUUAGCAUUAGGUAUAUGUAUCAAUUUUGUUCAACACUUCAGUUAUUUUGCUGGGCCAUUAAUAUGAUCAUUAGUUUUUUUUUUA